AUGGCUCUGCAGGAGGCGAAGCCCCUGGGCCCGAGCACAGCUGGGCCGGUGGUGCGGGGGCCGAAGAGCUGGCCCCGGGCGCGUGGGUUCGGCGGGGCCGGCGGGAUUGCUGCACGUUGCCCGGGCGUGAGGAGCCCCGGGAGCCGCGUGUCCCACGAUGCGCCGCCGUCCCCGGUGCCACCGCUGCAGCCGUGGCUGCUGGGACUCCUGCUGCUGGCCGCCCUGCCCGGGCUCGGCCGGGCCGAUCGGGGGACUGACAAUCUACAGAUACACGUCACCCCCACCUCAGAGUCACUCCCUCAUGGAAAGUUGUUACCAAUUUCACCAACAUGGCCUUUCUCCGAAGUCAAGUCUUCCUUGGCAGCAGACAGAAUCAAGAAUGGGCUGGGCCAGUCCCCUGACAAUACGAGCUUGCUGCAUAUCACUUGGACAUUUCCUCCCAAGGCCCAUCGCAGGACCCGGGCUCACAUGGACCUCUCUUCCCUUUACCAAGGAAGUGGAUUCAGCACCUUCCUGGAUACUUCCAAGGAUCCCACUGAAUCCCUGGGCCCACCAAGGCCUCAAGGAGGAAGAGAAGAGGCAGGCACAUCAGGUUUGCCUCGCACCAGCAUGCGUCCCUCCUUGUCCACCAUCCCAUCAGCUCCUCUGAAUGAUGUCUCCUCAUCUCAGCCACCAGUAGGGCCUCCCUCCCUUUUAAAGCCUCCCCCAAGGUCAGGCAGUCUCUCUCUUUCCCCUCCACCUUCAUCCCCUGCACUAUCCCCAGACUCAUCUCAUUCCAUCCCCUUUCCUAUAGUAGAGCAACCCACCAAUCUAACUUUGUUUCUUCAAACCACACCAGCUGUUUCCUCUUCAGGUCAGAGCCAUGCUCAUGCCCUAACCCCAUUUGCUGAGAACACAAAUGACACUUCAUCCAAAAAUGCCCGGAAUUUCAUAGGCACCCAUCUUCUAGGUUUUUCUAGAGCCUUGACAAAGCAGUACUCUGAGCUGUCCCCAACAGACAGCCCCCAUUCAGCAGGCGCAUCCACCUCUGGGGCUUUGAGCUCCAUGGUAAAACUGGCCCAUCUGUUUCCUCCUCUCCCUGCCCCUGGAGGUCUUUACCAGCUUCCAGCUCCAUCCUCCUCAAGGUCCACGUUGGGCAUAGCUUCAAGUUCUGCAUCCAUCCAGCCAACCCAUCCUUUGGGGCCUGAAAGAGCACACAAUGGUGUAUCUGUGCCGACUUCUAAGAGCACAGCAGCACUGAGCCAUGGAGGUCAGCCUUCACUUUUCCAGCCUGCAGAAUCAAUGACCAGCAGAGAGCCAGCCCCUGCCACACCUCCAAACAACUCUUCUAACCCACCAUAUUUGUCAGCAGUUCCAGACAACCCCACAGGGCCCCCCCUGGCAGGAGAACACAAAUCUUCUUCUUUGGUGUCUCCUUCUCUGUCUUUCACCAUAUCAGGUCAAAGACAAGCCAUCCUUUCUGAGGCAGCUCCUUCAUCUUCAGGGAACCCAACAGAUGACCUUCCCUCCCUGCUUACCAUCCUCCUGCCUGAAGAGGAUCAUGCCUCUCCAGCCUUUGUGCCCCAAACACCCAUUCCUCAGGAACAAGGUGAUGAGGGGUCUCCCACUGUGACCACAGAUAUCCCCAUCUCAAGUAACUUACCCAAUCUUCUUUCUACAACUUGGACAUUUCCCUUGCACCAAGAGGACAGCAUACCAGCUCUUCUUGGUACCAAGGCAAAGGCAAGCAUGACAGUUCCCCUACCGGACCAUCCAAGCCUUCCCAUGGUAAAUAGACUCACCUCUGAUUUUGGCACUGAUCUUAGUUCAUCUCCCACCAUCACCAUAUCAAGAACAACCCCCCAUCCUGCAGGAUCUUUUCCUUCUCCUUCCAUGCCCACCAUCCAAGCCACCCAAGCCGUUACCCCACCACCUGGCUCUUCUAUCACUGAGCUGGAGAUGACCACAGCUGCCGGACGCCAGUCAGUGCUGCCAGCUUCAACUUCCAAACAGGUGGCAGCAUUCCCCCCCUCCACGGACAUCUAUGAUUUCUCAACAAUGGGAGACUCGAGAAAGCCAGCAACCACAGAUGUUUCCCGGAGUUCUCUUUCAGCAGACACUGGAACCCUUUCCACAGAAUCAACAUUUUCUGGCUUGCACCCACAAACAAAUUAUGAUUUCAAUGGUCAUACAAUUAAGCCCACAAGUUGGGAAACUCACUCAGCUGCAACUACUCUUCCUGAACAAACUUCAGCUGCCAAAGCAAUAAAACCUCAGAAUUUCGAUGAGAUGGCUGGGCAUCCUCCCAUGGCUUCAGAACAAUCUCACAUUCAGGAUGUAGCCCUGCGUCCAAGCAGUGACCAGACUGUACGACAGUCAGGUGUGACCAUGGCGGGGACCCACUUGGACCUCUGGCCCACAAGCCAUAGCAAUUCUUCUGGAGACUUCCAAGCAGCGAAGACGGGCUAUUAUCCAUCCACAAGCCAACAUUCUGUGUUGCAUCCCCAUCUCCAGCUGCCUGUCCAGUUAGCCCGUCCUCUUUGGUUGACCUGGCCAAGUUUGACUUCUGUGGCCACUCGAGUGCAGGAAAUGCUUUCAGAUGGAACAGACACAAGUUGGGAAAUUUCCAGUGGCCUCUAUGGAUCACCUGGGAGAAAUGCUUCCAUGCCAUUCCAGAGUGUUCUGGGAGAUCACUCCGUGGCUGAAUCUCCUCUUAAAUCAACUAGUGCCUUUCCCAAGAUCCCCUCCAAAGUGCUGCGAGCUUCUCGGCGCCCCCCAAAGUGGACAGUGGGCUCUUCAGUGUCAUCCAACCUAGAACCAACAACAGCCGCUGCCACUGCCACCACUACCACCACCACCUUGUUUUUGAGGCGAUCGAGCCCAGCUGCACUGUCUGCAGCCCUGAUUGCUAAGGGGACCGAUGACAGCAGUUCAACUACAGCUCUAGCUAAAAACGUUACCAACAAGGCAGCACCUAGCCCAAAGAUGGCGGCAGGAGCAGCUCAUACAGCUUUUCCAUUCACCCCAACGUACAUGUUUGCCAAAACUGCACAUACCAUGAACACACAUACAGCCAUGCCAGGCAACACGGGCACUGCCUCUGGUCUCUUGUCCACCACACACCUCCCCAGGAAACCACAAGCCAUGUACACAGGUGUCCCAAACCCCACCAAGCCAGAGACACCCAGAGCACCCACCCCCCGCCCGCUGACCAUCACAGCAGCCUUGACAUCUAUGACCGCGUCGGUGCGGGCCACCCGGCUACCACCGUGGCACACAGAAAACACAGAUGUUGCUUUUCCUGCUGUGUCAACAGCUGUGGUCACAGCUGGAAAAAUAGCAUCCAACCUGGAGUGUCAGAUGUCCCAGAGGCUCCUGGUGAAGACAGUUCUCUUUCUAAUGCAGAGAAGAAUGCCAAGCAGCGAUGCCUUGAAGUUCAGUGUGGCCAAAGGCCUCACGCAGGCACUGAGGAAGGCCUUCCGCCAGAAUGAUGUUUUGGCUCAUGUGGACAUUCUGGAACAUUCUCAUAAUGUCACGGUUGGUUAUUACGCUACUAAAGGGAAGACAGUAUACCUGCCGGCUGUUGUGAUGGAUGUGCUGGGUGUUUAUGGAGUCAGUAACGUCACUGCAGAUCUGAAGCAACACAUCCCAAACUUACAGUCCGUGGCCAUACUUGCCUCCCCAUGGAAGGCCCAGCCUGCAGGCUACUCCCAGCUGAAAACAGUUCUGCAGUUCGUGAGCCAGUCAGACAACAUCCAGUCCUGCAAGUUUGCCCAGACCAUGGAGCAGAGGCUGCAGAAAGCCUUCCAAGAUGCAGAAAGGAAGGUCCUCAGCACCAGAAGCAAUCUGACAGUGCAGAUUGUGAGUACUUCCAAUGCCUCCCAGGCUGUCACCUUGGUAUACGUUGUGGGCAAUCAGAGCGCAUUCCUUAAUGGCACCGUGGCCAGCAGCCUCCUCAGCCAGCUUUCCGCUGAGCUGGUUGGAUUCUACCUCACCUAUCCACCUCUUACCAUUGCUGAACCCUUGGAAUACCCCAACCUUGAUAUAUCAGAAACUACCAGAGACUACUGGGUAAUCACAGUGCUGCAAGGUGUGGACAAUUCACUGGUGGGCCUGCACAACCAAAGCUUUGCCCGGGUCAUGGAGCAGCGCCUCGCCCAGCUCUUCAUGAUGUCUCAGCAACAGGGCCGGCGAUUUAAACGGGCCACUACCCUAGGAAGUUACACCGUGCAGAUGGUGAAGAUGCAGCGUGUGCCAGGACCGAAGGACCCAGCAGAGCUGACUUACUAUACCCUGUACAACGGGAAGCCAUUGCUGGGCACUGCGGCGGCCAAGAUCCUGAGCACCAUUGACUCCCAGAGGAUGGCCCUGACGUUGCAUCACGUCGUCCUUCUGCAAGCUGACCCUGUGGUAAAGAACCCCCCGAACAAUCUGUGGAUCAUCGCCGCCGUCCUGGCGCCCAUCGCCGUGGUGACAGUCAUCAUCAUCAUCAUCACGGCUGUGCUCUGCAGGAAGAACAAGAACGACUUCAAGCCGGACACCAUGAUCAACCUGCCCCAGAGAGCCAAGCCCGUGCAAGGCUUUGACUAUGCCAAGCAGCACCUAGGCCAGCAAGGAGCAGACGAGGAAGUCAUCCCUGUGACUCAGGAGACAGUGGUCCUCCCCCUGCCCGUCAGAGAUGCUCCUCAGGAAAGAGACAUUGCUCAGGAUGGGAGUACCAUCAAGACAGCAAAGUCCACUGAAACCAGAAAGAGCAGGUCGCCCAGUGAGAAUGGAUCUGUCAUCAGCAACGAAUCAGGGAAGCCCAGCUCAGGAAGACGCUCGCCCCAGAACGUAAUGGCACAGCAGAAAGUGACAAAGGAAGAAGCCAGAAAGAGAAAUGUGGCAGCCAGUGACGAAGAGGAGGGAGCAGUUCUCUUUGACAACACAGCCAAGGCGGCAGCGGAUCCCUUUGACACAUCUUCUGGGUCUGUACAGCUCGUUGCCAUCAAACCCUCAGCCCUGCCUGCAGUGCACCCUGCCUCAGACCGGAGCCAGGAAUCCUCAGCUGUCCUCAACGGUGAGGUAAACAAAGCCCUGAAGCAGAAGUCGGAUAUUGAACAUUAUCGGAACAAGCUGCGCCUCAAAGCUAAGAGGAAGGGCUAUUAUGACUUCCCAGCCGUGGAGACAAACAAAGGCCUGACAGAAAGAAAAAAGAUGUAUGAGAAAGCCCCAAAAGAAAUGGAACAUGUUUUAGAACCAGACCCAGAACUGUGCGCUCCAUUCCCCGAGGCUAAAAACAGGCAACAGAUGAAGAACUCUGUCUACCGAAGCCGGCAGUCUCUGAACAGCCCCAGUCCAGGCGAAACUGAGAUGGACCUUCUGGUCACUCGGGAGCGACCUCGGCGUGGAAUCCGUAACAGUGGCUAUGACACAGAGCCGGAAAUCAUAGAAGAAACCAACGUGGACAGAGUUCACGAGCCCCGGGGAUACGGGCGCUCGCGGCAGGCGAAGGGCCACUCGGAGACCUCCACGCUGAGUUCGCAGCCCUCCAUCGACGAGGUGCGGCAGCAGAUGCACAUGCUGCUGGAGGAGGCCUUCAGCCUGGCCUCCGCCGGCCAUGCCGGCCAGGCCCGUCACCAGGAAGCCUACGGCUCCGCCCAGCACCUGCCCUACUCCGAGGUGGUGACCAGCGCCCCAGGGACCAUGACGCGGCCCAGGGCUGGGGUGCAGUGGGUGCCCACCUACCGGCCAGAGAUGUACCAGUAUAGUCUACCCCGGCCGGCUUACAGGUUUUCCCAGCUUCCUGAAAUGGUCAUGGGCUCUCCUCCACCACCUGUACCUCCUCGGACUGGCCCUGUGGCUGUCACUUCCCUCAGGCGGUCCACCUCAGACAUCGGCAGCAAGACCCGAAUGGCUGAGUCCUCGGGGCCCGAGCAGGCCCAGCUGCAUGACAGUGCCUCCUUUGCCCAGGUGUCCAGAGGCCCAGUGUCAGUGGCACAAUUGGAUCAGUCAGCUUUAAAUUACUCAGGUAACACGGUGCCAGCAGUAUUUGCCAUCCCAGCUGCCAACAGACCCGGCUUCACUGGCUACUUCAUCCCAACGCCUCCCUCAUCCUACAGGAGCCAGGCCUGGAUGUCCUAUGCCGGAGAGAAUGAGCUCUCGAGCCAGUGGGCCGAUUCGGUGCCCCUCCCCGGAUACAUUGAGGCCUACCCCCGGUCUCGUUAUCAGCAGAGCUCACCUUCCAGGCUCCCUCGCCAAUACAGCCAUCCUUCCAACCUGCACCCCAGCCUGGAGCAGGCCCCUGUGCCCUCUGCAGCUGCCUCUCAGCAGAGCCUAGCAGAGAAUGACCCACCUGACACUCCACUGACCAACAUCUCAACGGCAGCCCUUGUGAAGGCCAUCCGGGAGGAGGUGGCCAAGCUGGCCAAGAAGCAGACAGACAUGUUUGAGUUCCAGGUCUAAUGCCUUAGCCCUGGGAGACCCUGCCUUCCAGACUCCGUGGAAAUAGACUUUGGGUUUCUCACACCUGACGUGGGGGUCUUGAAACAGACAAUGAGUGAGUUUUCCUCUCCCUGUUUCUGAAAAGAUGACCAGCAGGGCUUCUGGGAAAUAGAAGAAACUCAUGAACAACUGGAUCUUUUGCCUAACACAACUGCUUAUGGGUUAAGACGUCCCUGCUUGGGACUAUGUGUUUGAAAUUCUGUUGUGUUGAGUGUUGGAACUGGGGGUGGAUUUCCCUAAGGAGACCUGCUUCUGAGAGGUACUAGCUAACCUACAGAUUCUUGUCAAAUACCACAUUUUGAUGAAUCACCAGAUGGGGGAGAAUAUAGCUUUAUCUUUGCUGACCUCUGCAUGUCAAUAUUUUCUGUGUUAAAGGCAAUGCAGGAGUGUAAAUUGAGCACCAGAUUGUCCUCUCUCUCAUUCAGCCAUGCCCAUGAAUGCUAAAAUCAUCUCUAGUCUCUAAGGGAGACACUGACUCUGGCCAAGAAACUUGAGUCCUUUUGCUUUUAAAGGCUCAUAUUCAAAGUCAAAUGAAUUGGAUGAAAAUCAGACCCAAUGGUUAUGCCUAUAAAUAGUCUUGACUCUUUUCCCCCCAUUAAUUAAAGGCCAAGAAAGAGAGAAGAUGAACAGGAAUGGUAAAUUUGUGUUGACAGGCUUUUUUAAAGGUGUUGUCAUUUUGGAAAUAAGAGUAUCCUGCAAGUUAGAACUUAACUGAAACAGAAUCAAGGCUAAGAGCUUUUAGGAUCCUACAAAAGAAAACUCGUUAUUUGUGAAGGUUUUUCUUUAUCUGCAUUGAAGAUGGCCUGAAACCAGAGCUGCUCCCUUUGGGGGGAUAAUAGAUAGAUUGACUUUCACAAGACAACCUGUCUCUUCAACCAUGGUGAUCAACACGUGCUGCCAAGGGAUACAAAAGGAAAUAGUGUUCGAUUCCUGUUUUUAAAAAGAAAGAAAGAAAAAAAAAAACCUGGAAUGGAGGAUCCAUAGUCCUCCCUGGCUGCAGCUCUGUUUCUAGAAGCUUCUGAAUGUAGAAAAUCUGUUGAUUUGAAUUUAAAUGUAAAUAACUUUUAAAACAAUGUUUAUGGAGUUUGUCAGUUGAUGGCCUCAGGAGGACAUUUGCUGAAAUGGCAGGUCUGCUACCUGGUGACUGUGAGGUCCUGUGUCACCCUCCCUGUAGAGUGUGGGGGUACCAGGCACUGACUGCCUAUCAAUGCAAUGAAGCAGUCACUGACUUUGAGUAGUAAAGGAUGAGGGGACCUAUCGUUCCUUCCCCAACUAGGGGAGCCAUGUGUGGUGUGAGGGGCUUCUUUGGUGUCUGUUGAAGAAUGGGGUCCUAUCCUGCCUUCACCCAUGCCCCAUCUAGCUUCAGCUCUACCCAUUCCCUUCUAAGCCCAUCUGUCCACUGUCCUCCUGAGUUUCUUUGGUCUUUACUGAAAGAGAAAAAGAAGGUGAGAAUUUAGAAGUUGAGAGAAGAGUAGGAACUGAACAGAUUAGAAUGGGAGACUCAAAACUGUCAAAGCACAGACUUUUCCCAAAAAGUGUUUUUAUUUCCCAAUAACAAAUUGUCCUUUCUGGAAUGUUCAGCGAUGAUGUGUCAUGGAAUCUCCAAACAAGACUCUAGUUUGGAUGAUAAAUAGGUAGUGUCUUUUUAGUAUGCUGGUUGAUCUUUCAUAGUGUUAGUUUUUUGUUACUUCAAAAGAAAUCAACUAUAAAUAAAAUGUAUUUUUGUAAUUUCCAUGUGUAUAUAUGGUAUAUUUCUACCAAUGGCCAGUUGUUGUAGUCCAAAACCUAAAUCAGCUUGCAGAACACUGUGGCCAGUGCAAGAUUUUAUCAACAGAUAAACACAAUGCCUAAGUCUAUCCAAAUAGGUAUUCCAUGCCCUUGAAUGAACAAAGAGCCAAAGAAACUCAGCCUUUUCAUGCAAAUGGUGUGAGUGUGACAAAGUCAGCUACAUUUUCCUGCUUUAUCAAUAAUCUCAGUACUUCAUUAAUGCAAUGCUAUCUACCAACCCAGUACUUUGUCUACUUGGUAAAUGACUCAAGGUGCUGCAUGUAAAAAUGAAGUUCCCAAGACCUUAGAGCCAUUGAAAUAAAUGUUCAGGUUUCAAAAGAUGGUGUCUAAGCUUUGGAUGUUCUAGUGGCUUCCAGCCCAUGAAUCUGUAGUUGGCAGUAGAAUCUCCAAAUGGCUAAGAGUUUGGAGCCUCUAUAAAUCAUUGUACUCUCUGCAGUCCAGAAAUUUAGUGCACUGAGAAAAUUACAAUGCAACAGGUUAACUCAUAGACUAUGGGUUUAAGAAAAGUCUGUGAGAGGAAAGCCUUAUGUGGAGAAGAAAUUAAUCAUAUGUUUUCCCACCAAUGGGAAGACAAGUGCCAUUGUUCAGCUGUUCUGGAACUAGAAUGUAGUCCUUCCUUCAAGAGUCUCCUAACCUCAUGGAGGUGAUAGAUACCUGAAUAGGUGACUCAGAGAAACACAGAUGGUAAACAAAACAGAACACUUCAUGGAAGUGAAGAGAGGAUUCCUUAUAAGGGCCUCCAGAGGUAGCAGCAAGGAACUCAAUUUCCACUGUAGAUGGCAUCAUAGACGUCAGCAACCUUGGAAGAGGACAUGGAAGCCCAGAGAAGUGGAGGUGACCAGCCCCAGAUCUGAGCUCAAGCCUUCUAAGUCAAGAUCCAUUUCAUCAUGCUGCCUAUAUACUUGCUGAUACAUUUCUUUAAAUGUGCCCGGAAGUUUAAAUAAUAGACAAGGGUCAAAUGAGAGACUCCAUAAUGUUCUUGCCAAGAAAAAGAUGAUUGAGUGUGUACCGAACUUCAGAUACAGUGUACAGAUGGUGACGCUUGUAUGGCCUAAUAAACAUCUUUUUCACUGGUUUCCAUAAGAGUUUUCUUCAUUCUUGGAAA